AUGGCUGGCCCCGGUGGUGGUCCCCCUCGCCGCAGCCACACCAAGUCUCGCAAGGGUUGUGAUACCUGCAAGCGACGACAUAUCCGCUGUGAUGAAAACUUUCCUCAAUGCCGCAACUGCACCAAGCACAAGAUCCGCUGCCCGUACAACGAUGUCCAGGUACCCGAUGCUGAGCGCUCAACAACCCCCGACAAGCCCGACUUGAUGUGGACGCCCCAAGUCGAAGCCGCCAUCGCCGAGUGGCAGCGAACGGGCAUCUUCCCUCUGCCGAGCCUAGGUCUAUAUCCAGCUCCCAUGCCCCAUCUCUACUCUCUCGAGGACCUCCGGUUGAUCUAUCAUGUUGCUACUCUGUAUUGCCAGUUGGCGUCCAUUGACGCCAACAACUUUACACUGUGGACCCGCCACAUUCCCACUCUUCUCAGGAUCGGAGCCACAACGCCCUACGUCAUGCACGCUCUACUCGCUUUCUCGGCUAUGCACAUUGCUUUCCUUACUGACUGCCCCUUGGUCGGUAGCAUGGCCUACGAGCACCGUGGUAUUGCUCUCAAUGGCCUGCAGGAGGCGAUUGGCUCCUUUUCUCGAGAGACCUCCGAUGCCAUCCUUGCGGCAUCCCUUGUCCUCUCCUGGCAAGCCACUGACUGGCGCAGCUGGACCCAGCUGAUGCAGGGAACCUCAUCUGUCAUUGAUGCCAUGGAUCCUUGGAAGCAUGAGUCUCAGUUCGGAGACUUCAUCGCCGAGAGCAGCACGUUCCCGACGGCCCCACCCUCGCCUGGCAAGGAUCACCGUCCCAGCCAGCCCCGGCCCGAAGACCUCGAUGCCUUCCAGCGCACCCUUGAACAGAUUCAGAAGGUGGAAGUUCAUCUCAAGCAUCACAAGGAGGACACGACUCAAAUCCAGCACCUCAUUGGCUUCCUCCGGGGUUCUCGUAAGAUCAGCCCUACGCUCUCCAUCGCCCAGCAAUUCGAGCGUCUCCAGCCACUGAGGACAUGGCUCUUUUGGAUGCCCGUCGGCUACCUCCAGAACUACCACGGUUCCCCCAACUCCCUCAUCGUCAUUGCCCACCUCUACACUGUGGCUCUUCUCAUGGAGCGCUUGUUCCCUGAGAUUGGUGCUGCUUACUUUGGUAGCCUUGCCAUCUCGCCUGUCGAGGAGAUUGCGCGACGACUCAUGUCCAUCAACAUUUCCAGCAAUGCUAAGGACGAACUCCAAACCCCGCUCACACUCAUGGAGUUCCCUAUUGACACCGUUGGCGAGUUCCGUUCGCGCAUGGGGUGGAUCCACCCGGAGAGGACCCCCUCGUUCCCUCAGUUCCACCCUCCCAACUUCCCUGUUCAUGAGGUGAUGCCGGCUACCACGGAGUCAUACAUGCCAUACGGGAACCCGGCUUUCAGCUACAGCACCGAGGAGAUGCCGAUGCUGAACGCAUCUGGACCGCCCCCCCAUUCUGCCGUCAGCCCGCUGGUCCUGUCUUCGCCAUUCCCCAGUCAGCAGUACCUGAACAUUCCAUCUCCGGCAUAUACAGGUGCCUACAGCCCAGCCUCUUCGACCUUUGAGGGCUCCGUUGCGUACAGCGACACUGAGGAAUACGGAUCGUUCGACAUGAGCGCCCUGCAAGGAGGGCCUCCAGCCAUGGUCAACGAUCCAGCUCACAACUAUGGCGUCGGGAUCACCACCACUCCGCAAUAUCCGCCUCCCGAGGACCCAACCUCCUAUAUGGCAUCGCUCACAUCGGCCCCAUCACCGUACCUCAACCCGGAACAGCUGGGCAUGCUCCCUCUUCCCGAGUCUCCGCUUCCUUCGAACUCGGCUCUCCCCCGACACCGCCACACCGCAUCCAUGUCAUCGGGUCCUCAUCCAGCGUCUCCGCUGGCGCAGACUCACUUGAUGCAGAACCCUGACAACAGCCGACGACGAGCCACCUAG